AUGAGCCGGAGGUGUGGUGAGGAAGCAGCAGCCUGGGGAGGAGAGGAGGAAGCAGAGGAGGCGGUUGAGGAGGGAGGAGAGGAGGAGGAGGCAGCAGCAGAAGAGGCUGGAGAGGAGUCUGCAGUUGAGGAGGCUGUAGCGGCGGAAAACGGAGCAGAACCCGCGGAAGAGGCCUCAGUCGAGGCAGAAGCAGUGUCCGAGGCAGUCUCUGAAGAACCUGCUGUGGAGGCAGCAGCAGUAGAYGCAGAGGUGGCACCAGCYGAAGCAGAGACUGUGGUGGAGGAGAUUGCAGAGGGUGUUGCUGAGGUCGCAGAAGAGGUCGUCGAGGUGGCAAAUGAAGUGGAGGCAGCAGCAGAGGAAGUGGCCGUGGAAGAGGCUGCUGAGGAGGCAGUUGCCGUGGCAGAGCCGGAGGAGGAGAUCAACGUGGAACCAGUCAUUCUGGCAGCAGCCUCUGCUUUGGAGGUGACGACAGUCGCUGAAGUGGUCAAAGAAGUGGUUGUGCCUAUUGUAGAAGAAGUUGAGGAGGCCGCCCCAGUGGAGGCCGCCCCAGUGGAGGCCGCCCCAGCUGCAGUGGAGGAGGCCCCAGCCCCAGUGGAGGCCGCCCCAGCUGCAGUGGAGGAGGCCCCAGCUGCAGUGGAGGAGGCCACAGCUGCAGUGGAGGAGGCCCCAGCUGCAGUGGAGGAGGCAACAGCUGCCCCACUUGAGGCUGCACCCGUAGAAGAGGCCCCAGCUGCAGUGGAGGAGCAACAGCUGCCCCACUUGAGGCUGCACCCAUAGAAGAGGCCCCAGCUGCAGUGGAGGAGGCCACAGCUGCAGUGGAAGA